AAGUAUUAAACAAACAUCAUGGCUAAGUCAUCCACUAAAGAUAAGAAGGUUACCAAGAAGGUAGAAAAGAAGAAGGUUGAAUCUUCUUCAUCAGAAUCCGAAUCUUCUAGUGAAUCAAGCAGUAGUUCAUCAUCUGAAUCCGAAUCUGAAGAUGAAAGUUCUUCUGAUAGUGAAUCCAGUUCUUCUGAAUCCGAAUCUGAAUCCGAAGAAGAAAAGAAGGAAGCUAAGGUAGAAGAAAAGAAGGACGAAUCUUCAUCAUCUGAAUCCGAAUCAUCUUCAUCUGACAGUGAAUCUGACUCUGACUCUGAUUCUUCAUCUGACGAAGAAGAAGAAGAAAAGAAGGAAGAAAAGAAGGAUGAAUCAGACAGUGACAGUGACUCCUCAUCUUCAUCUGAAAGCGAGAGUGAUAGUGACUCCUCAUCUGAUGAAGAAGAAGAAGAAGAACCAAAGAAGCGUAAAGCUGACGAAGAAGAAUCAUCCGAAGAAUCAUCUGAAGAACCAGUUGCUAAGAAGGCUAGAACUGAUGAAACUGAUGAACCAGCUACUUUAUUUGUUGGUAGAUUAUCAUGGAACAUUGAUGACGAAUGGUUAAAGCGUGAAUUCGAACACAUUGGUGGUGUUAUUGGUGCUAGAGUUAUCAUGGAACGUUCCACUGGAAAGUCCCGUGGUUAUGGUUACGUUGACUUCGACAACAAGGACUCAGCUGAAAAGGCUUUAGUUGAAAUGCAAGGUAAAGAAAUUGACGGUAGACCAAUUAACUUAGACAUGUCUACUGGUAAGCCACAUGCAUCUAAAUCUAACGAUAGAGCUAAGCAAUUUGGUGACACUCCAUCUGCUCCAUCAGACACAUUAUUUAUUGGUAACCUUUCAUUCAAUGCUCAAAGAGACAACUUAUUUGAAAUCUUUGGUCAACACGGUACUGUUAUUUCAUGUAGAAUCCCAACUCAUCCAGACACCCAACAACCUAAGGGAUUCGGUUAUGUUCAAUUUUCAUCUGUUGAUGAAGCCAAGGCUGCAUUAGAAGCAUUGAACGGUGAAUACAUCGAGGGUAGAGCAUGUAGAUUAGAUUUCUCCGCUCCAAGAGAUAACGCUAAUGCUGGCGGUAAUCGUGGUGGCUUCGGUGGUAACCGUGGUGGUAGAGGUGACUUCGGUGGUAACCGUGGUGGUAGAGGUGGAUUCGGUGGUAAUAGAGGUGGCCGUGAAAGAUCAUUUUCUCCAAGACCAACCACUGAAUUUAAGGGUACUAAAAAGACAUUUGAUUAGAGGUGAAUUGUAUUUCUAAGUUUUUGCAUUUUUAUUAUAUCAGUUCUGUUUUUUAUAUUAUUUAGUAUUUUUUUGUUUAAUAUUAAGACAUUUAUUUGUGAAAUUAGUUUGACC